AUGGAUCAGCUAAUACAAGAACUGCAGCAGGCAGCCGCUGCUCAGGGGCAAGGUCAACAUCCGCUUGGGUCAGUCCAUUUGCAACUUUUCGCGGCAGCAGCGGCCGUCAGCAUGCACAUGUCCGGCUGGUCAUCCUUGCACAGCCUGUCCAUGGGCGCCCCAAAUCCGGAAACUAACCCCAAUUCCGCAACCAAUGCGUCCUCCGUGUAUAUGAUCCACCAAAUGGCGUUGAUACAGCAAGCCAGUGCAGCCGCCGCAGCGAUGGCAAUGUACCAGCAGCAGCAGCACCGCCAGCAACCUCAGCCGCAGCAGGAGCCCCCGAAGGAAGAGCAGCCGCAGCAAGAGCAGGCGCAGCAAAGGGAUCUCAAUCGGGAGCUUGGCAUUGAUCCGAACAAUGAGCAGCCUAUUAAUUUGGGACGACUGUCGCCCGCCCACAACAACCGCGCGGGAUCUAGUCGCGAGAACAAUACAGAUCCGCUAAGCGAUAAUGGGGCCGAUUCCAAUCCGGGGCAGAAUGGUAGUGCAGAGUCCUCGAAGAAGCCUCGCGGCAGGACCAUCUUAAAUUCUAUUCAGCUCACGGAGCUGGAGAAAGCCUUCCAGGAAAAUAACUAUCCUGACAUUUUCAUGCGGGAUGCCUUGGCCACCAGACUCGAUCUAAUGGAGAGUCGCAUAAAGAUAUGGUUCCAAAAUAGGCGUGCCAAGUGGCGUAAGCGGGAGCAUACCAAGAAGGGUCCUGGAAGACCGGCUCAUAGUACCCAUCCCCAGAGCUGCAGUGGUAACCCCAUUCCACUUAGCGAACUUCGCGCCAAAAAACUAGCCCACCGCAACAAGCUGAUGAAGAAAGCCAUCGAACGGCAGGCGAAGAAGCUACAGGACAAGGGACUCCCAGUGGACUAUGCCCGUCUGAAGGCCGAUUACAUAGCUGCCCACCAGAUGAAACGGGUGGAGGAUAAUAACUCGAUGGAUGAUGAUCUGCGCAUCGAUAUGGUGGGCGAGGAACCGGAGUUCGUGACCGGCGACAGUCAGGACCCCUCGUUAUGCUCCUCCAGGAACUACCAGUCGAGCACCAGCAGCGAACUGGAUUUCGAGGAUAUGGAAGUGGAAGUGGAAUAGUGGAAGUUCCGCCGCCACCACAGCCAUCGGUGCAAAGGACCGUCGUCCAAAAAUCGUCCUUCAGCAUCAAAUACCUGUUGGGAUCGUAA